GUCUGGUGGUUGUGACACACACAGUUGCAUGGUAAUGAAGGCACUGGCCCCCAGCGUGUGGCCCUGUUUGGUUUACCUGGCUGGAAUACUUCAAGUGAUUCAAGGUGUAUCCUAUCUCUAUCUGAGCGAGGCCAGAAAUUAUGAGCAGGGGAAAUUACUCUGUCUGAAGUUUGGUCUUGACCUUGCAAAAGUGACAUCAGAAGCCGACAUUGAUGACCUCCACAACAUAUACGCCAACAUCCCAGGGGCGACGGUGGCAUGGAUGGGUCUUCUCUACAAUGGUAACCAGUUUCUUUGGGCUGACGGGACCCCGGUACAAUAUUCUCGCUGGAACAACAUCCUUGACGAUGAACCGGAUGACCUUGGAAAUUCCAAAUGUGCAGUGGUGAAACAGGACAUCCUCCUUUGGCAUACAAGGAAAUGUCCCAACGAGUAUCCGUUACUGUGCGGCCCGUACCCAACACUCGAUGCGACAUCGGAACCGAGGACAUUUUCCUUCAAAAAAUGGCGAGAAGGUGUGGAGCUGCUUAGCAAACCUACGUUAAUCAAACAACGGAAUUCAUCACGGGCCUGCGCGAAGGAUUGCUCAAAGCUGAAUAACUGCAUGUUUUACUCGCUAGGAGGCUCGUGGUGCCGGAUGUACAGUGACAUCACUUCCUUUCUGACACAGACUAGCCCUGGCACAGUGGUGUGGAAGAGAACAACAGUGGCAGUGGACUAAAUCCGGGCACCUGGGAAUAGGGUUACGGCAAGCCUCGUUUUAGUUAUUGCAGUAUGAUUCUGUAAGGUUACGCAUGCGCGGAACAGUCACAGUACUAUAACUGUUGUCCGGUUAAGUAUGGGUGUGAGGUCGUAUCGCUCCGUGAAAUUAGCAGAAAUCAGUAAAUGUGCAUAUUCUCCUAAUCAAUGGUGAAGGUACAGUUUUCAUCAAAUGGACAAUGUGGAGAUGUUGUUGAGGAUGCCCAUUCACUUAAGAGUUGGCUUAUGAAGAUAUAGAGGUGUCUAUAUUAGAUAGUUAGGCGACACCAAUGAAAAACGACGCGUUGUAUAUAUUACGAUAAAAAUUGUUCUAUCAUAAAGUGAUUAUUGGAGGUUUGAUUAUACAUUCGUUAUUUUAAGACGUACUAUAUAGACGAAACUAUGACGUCCUUGUGAGUACAGGCCGACAAUUCAAGU